CUCUCAAAAAGUGCCAUCAAGCGUGCUCGCAAAACAGCCGAAUAUGAAGCCUUGAAGCCGUAUCGCAAGGAACGCGACAAGCUCAAGAAGAAGGCGCGUGCAGAUGCCUAUAGGGAAGGACUUGCACGUGGUAUCGCUGCAGAAGAAUUGUUGAAACCCAAGAAUACCAAGACGAAAGCGCAGCGUACCAAACCACCGGCUGGGCAGAGUGCGUCUGGCCUGCGAGUCAUUGUGGACUGUACCUUUGAUGCACUCAUGGCGGAUAAGGAGAUUAAGAGCAUGACGUCGCAGCUGACUCGGUGUUAUGCAGACAACAAAGCGGCUGUCAAGACGAUUGAUUUGAUCAUGACUGGUAUUAGAAUUGCAGAGCGGUAUGAAAAGGUAUUCAAGAAUCAGCAUCACAACUGGAAGCAUUUCGAGUGUUUUCCGCAAGACUAUCUAUCAGCCGCCAGCAAGCAGGAUCAACAUGGCCAGACUGUGCGUCAAUUAGAGGUCGUGGCUGGCCUGAACAAGGAAGACCUCAUCUAUUUGUCUGCCGAUGCCGAAGAAGACCUCGAAACACUCGAGCAGGGGAAAACUUAUAUCAUUGGUGGUAUUGUUGAUAAGAACCGGCAUAAAUUGCUAUGUCAGAAGAAGGCUACCAAGCAAGGUAUUGUGACGCGUCGCUUGCCAAUCGGACAGUACAUCAAGAUGAGCGACCGCAAAGUGCUCACGGUCAACCAUGUAUUUGAGAUUCUACUCGAGUAUGCUGUGUCAGGGGAUUGGGCCGACGCGUUCAAGAAGGUUAUCCCAACACGCAAA